AUGAGCUGGAAGAACCCUUACAUCGGCAGCAAGAUCAGCCUCAUCUCCAAGGCAGAGAUCCGGUAUGAAGGCAUCCUGUACACCAUCGACACCAAGAAUGCCACUGUAGCCCUUGCCAAAGUUCGAUCCUUUGGUACCGAAGACAGACCAACAGACUGUCCAGUACCACCUGGAGAAGAAGUCUUUGAAUACAUUAUAUUCCGCAGGAAUGCUAUUAAACAGCUUACAGUUUGUGAGCCACCAAGACAAUACUCUUUGCCUCUAGACCCAGCCAUUGUUCAGUCUUCACUAGACUCAUCUUCACUAGGCUCAUCUACCUCUAUGUUCCAGUCACCGAGUUCUUACAGACUUUUUGGUGGGAUGCCAACGUACAAUCAUUUCAGUCCAAAUUCAUUAUUUGGGCAGCAGUUUGGCACUGUUGGUGUUGGUGAAAGCUCUUUGACAUCCUUUGGGACAGAAACAUCUGACAGUGGUAACUUCUCCCAAAGUAAUGCAGUUGGUUCUGCCUUUACACAGGAUAUGAGUUCUCUAAAAUCACAGUUAUUUCAGGGUGCUUCACCCCCUCAUUUAGACCCUUUGAGAAAAAGCCCAGUAGCGGAUAAAGCAGUACAGACCUCCUCAGCCAACUUACCUGUUCUAGCACCUAUUGCGAGAAGGAGCCCUGUAUCAACCAGUCCUUUGCCAUCUACCAGCCAAAAAUUAGUAGAGAAUCAAGAGCACAGUCAAGUAUAUAAAGCUUCAAGGCCAGAAAAUGAGCAACUCAGAAAAGAUAGCAAAAAACAAGUAGCUCCAGGUGCUCCUUCAGCUCCAAGAAGAGGGUGUGGGGGUCAUCGAAGUGAAAGAGGAAAAUUUAGUACUCGGGGAGAUGGUCCAGUGAAAUUUGAGAAAGACUUUCAAAGUGCAAAUGAACAAUGUAACGAGGAGAUCAACAGAGAUUUUUAUAAUAAAAUUAAAUUAAAAGAAGAUAAACCUGAGAAACCGGAGAAGCCUGUACAUCGUAAAGGUAAAGGAGACUCAGGAGUUGAUACCAAAAAGAAUGAAGGAAACGCCAAUAAGGAAGAUCCACUUGGACCUAAUUGCUAUUAUGACAAAACUAAAUCCUUUUUUGAUAAUAUUUCUUGUGCUGAUAAUAGAGAAUGGAGACCAACCCGGGCUGAAGAAAGAAGAUUAAAUGCUGAAACAUUUGGAACCCCAGUUAGUUCAAACCGUGGCCGUGGGAGGUAUAGAAGCAGAGGAGGGGUUGGUUUCCCUAAUGAUAGAGGGCAUGGUCGUGGGAGAGAUGGGAACUCUACCACCAGGUAA